GAAGGCGGCGCUCUUAUUUUGAAGGCGUGUUAUGGAGGCACAUGUGUCAGUGGAGGAGGUGUAGAGUGGAGACUUGACUUCAUGGCGGGGGUCUGUCACUCAGGAUUCGGUCCGUGACGCUGAGGGUUCACCGUGGAGCAGAAGACUCUUCUUCUCCCGCGUCAUGUGAACGACUUCAUCAUCUGAACUUGCAGCUGAGGCCCAGAGGAGUCACCAUGGAGCCGCUCGACGGUCCCGAGCGAACCGAGCCUCCAGCCGCUGAACACGCUGCCUCCAGCAGCAGCAUGACGAGGAGACAGGUCCUCACGUUGAUAUCCAUGGCAUCCGUCAACUUCAGCUCCAUGAUGUGUUACUCUAUAUUAGGCCCCUUCUUCCCCACAGAGGCGGUGAAGAAAGGAGCCAGUCAAACAGUCAUCGGCCUCAUAUUUGGCUGCUACGCUGUCAGCAAUUUAUUUGGUUCAUUGGUAAUGGGAAGAUAUAUCGUCCAGAUUGGUGCAAAGUUCAUGCUCCUUGCAGGACUGUUUUUGUCGUCAGGCUGCACCAUUGUGUUUGGAUUACUCGACCGGGUUCCUGCGGGAUCUGCCUUCAUCACCAUGUGCUUUGUAGUGAGGUCCAUCGAGGCUGUGGGCUUUGCCGCUGUCAUGACCUCCUCUUUUGCGGUGACGGCGAAAAUAUUCCCAAACAAUGUGGCGACUGUUUUGGGUAGUUUGGAGAUUUUCACAGGACUCGGUCUCAUUAUGGGGCCUCCAGUGGGAGGAUGGUUCUAUCAGUCGUUUGGAUAUGAGGUCCCUUUUCUGCUUCUCGGAUGUUUCCUGUUGAUCAUGGUUCCUUUCAACCUUUACAUCUUACCAAACAUAGUUGCAGACCCGUCAAAGGAUUCCUUCUUUCGGCUUCUCUCCCACGUGAAAAUAGUCCUCAUCUGCUAUGUGAUAUUCACUCUCAGCGCAGGUUUGGGUUUCCUGGACGCCACGUUGUCCCUGUUUGCUAUCAACAUGUUUAGUCUGUCUCCCGGCCACGUGGGACUCAUCAUGCUAGGUUUGUCGUUGCCGUACUGUCUGGCAUCACCACUGAUGGGUUAUUUCACUGAUAAAUAUCCUGCCACGAGGAGUUGGUUCAUGGUGACGGGAGGAUUGGCCACAGGAGUCGGGUUCUGUCUCCUCGGUCCCGUUCCUUUCCUUCACAUCCCGAGUCAGCUGUGGUUACUGGUGCUCAUGCUCAGUGUUAUUGGGUUUUCUCUGGGCAUGACUGCUCUCCCCACGUUCCCAGAGAUCAUCACAUGUGCAUAUGAAAAUGGAUUUCAAGAAGGACUAAGUACUCUGGGAAUGGUGUCCGGGCUGUUUGGUGCAGUUUGGUCAUUGGGGAUGUUUUAUGGCCCUACAGUCGGUGGUCUUCUCACACAGCACCUGAGCUUCGAGUGGGCGGCUGCUGUCCAAGGAGGCCUGGCGUUUAUGGCAGCCUUUCUCCUUGCUGUGUUUUAUCUCUGUCAACGACCACAGCAAAGGGUUGCAGAAGAUGGGAGCAGACAAACGGAUGAGAUCACACCUCUCCUGAAUGAAUGAGAGCCUCAGAAACAUUGGGGCGGUUGCUACACUGAACACAACCAGAGCCUCAUGUUUCACCAACUUGUGUGCAUCAGCUUUCAAGUUAAUUAAAUUGUGUUUUUAUUAUAAUGAGAUGCUUUGUAACAACUUUAUUUUUUCUAAAUCCUUGUAUUGCAGAGACUGUAAUGAUUUUUGCUUGGGUCGUAGAAAUAUUUUGUGUCGUACUUGUUUUUAUAUAAUAGUAUAAUUAUGUUUCUAUGAAUUGUUUUAUAUCUAGCAGCCAUGAAUCAAAGCAGAUGAAUUGUACGUUACAACUUAAACCAGUUGUCAGUUUAUGAUUUCCUGCUGUUCAGUUUGAAUCACCCAGCAGAUGAAUGCAACAUUAAUGAAUAUUAGUCAACCACAUUCCAACUCCAUUCCACAAACUAAAUGUGCUUUUUGUUCUGCAGCCCAGCUCAAUUAAUGAUCUUAGUUUUCUACAUCACGUCUCGGAUUUCACAGUGAAGGGACACAGGUCAAGAGCUGCCGACCACGUACACACUAACAGGUCUUUGAAGUGAUUUUUGUUCAGCUAACAUAAUAUAGAGUUAACUUAAUAUAGUUUUCACUGGUUGUUUUAU